CCUACCUGCAACACAGCCCAACCGCCAAGCUCAAGCUUCGUGCGCAAGGAGAACCAGUCGAGUCGCCACCGUCGCAAGAUCCGGGCACACAUCAGCACCGAACCCCCGCUGCUUUCCUUGGCAGAGUUGCGCGCGUACGCUCCGGAGAGUGCGGCGAACUCACCCCAACCAGCCGUGAGCCGAUGCUCAGCGCAAUACAGUCCUGAGCCCAAGCUUCCUCGAAACCCAGGCGUCAUGCGCUUCGAUUCCUUUCGCUCCCCGAGGGCAGCUGUAUCAGCACUGCUGCUACUCGCGCCUGCGCUGUCCGAUGCCUUCUACCUCCCUGGCGUACUCCCUACCUCCUACAAAGAAGGCGACAAAGUCCCACUACAUGUCAACCACUUGACGCCGGCGAACUCGCAAGAGGACCCGCAAGUGCGGUCUGUCUUCUCAUUCGACUAUUACCAUCAGGCGUUCCACUUCUGCCAGCCGAGCGGAGGCGCAGAAUACAUUUCGGAAUCGCUGGGGAGCAUAUUGUUCGGUGACCGGAUACAGACAUCACCAUUCGAGCUGCACAUGGGAAAAAAUGAAACGUGCAAGGCCGUGUGCAAGGAGCAGACGUAUGAGGGGCGAGAUGCGACCUUUGUGAACAAGAGGAUCAUGCAGAACUACAACUUCAACUGGUUGAUAGACGGACUGCCGGCUGGACAGCUUAAGCAUGACCCGAACGACAACACGAACUUUUACAGUCCGGGAUUUCCGCUGGGGCAUAUCAAGGAUGAGAAGCCGACACUUAACAACCACUAUGACAUUCUGCUCGACUACCACCAGGCCGGUCAAAACGCGUACCGGGUUGUUGGAAUUUUGGUGGAGCCGCGAUCUUUGGCAGGAUCGAGGUGGGUCAAUGAGGAGAAGGCGGAAUGUGGGGACACCUCCGAGGCGGUCUUGCUGUCUGAAGAGGGGGAGACCAAGGUGCUGUUCACUUACAGUGUCUACUGGAGGCCCUCUCCGACUCCUUUCGCAACGCGCUGGGACAAAUACCUCCACGUCUAUGACCCCAAGAUCCAUUGGUUCUCCCUGGUCAAUUCGGCAAUAAUCGUUAUCUUCUUGGUCUCGAUGGUUACUACGAUUUUGAUCCGCACCCUGCGGAAAGAUAUUGCGAGGUACAACCGCCUCGAACAGUUUGCGCUCGAGGACCUUUCGGGAACAAGCGUCGUGGAGGAGGGUGUCCAAGAGGACUCUGGCUGGAAACUUGUGCACGGAGACAUCUUCCGGCCGCCAAAGAAUCCCCUGUUCCUCAGUGUUAUGCUCGGUAACGGGGCGCAGCUGUUUAUGAUGACUGGCUUCACUAUCGCUUUGGCCCUCCUUGGCUUCCUGUCGCCUUCGAACCGUGGCUCUCUUGGGACGGUGAUGCUGCUUCUCUACACCGUUUUCGGCUUUGUCGGCGGCUACAGCUCGUCCCGCAUCUACAAGUUCUUCCACGGCGAGAAGUGGAAGCAGUGCUUCGUCUUCACCCCCGUCGCCCUGCCUGCGGUUGUUUUUGGCACGUUUUUCCUACUCAAUCUUUUUGUAUGGGCUCGUCAAGCCAGUGGCGCUGUUCCCUUUACCACUAUGCUGGUUAUCGUAUUCAUUUGGUUCAUUAUCAGCGUUCCGUUGUCGCUCGCCGGUUCCUGGCUUGGUUUCAAGCACAAGGAAAUCGAGACGCCGGUCCGCACCAACCAGAUUCCCCGCCAGAUCCCGCCAGCAAGCGGCUAUCUGCGACCUCUGCCGAGCAUGCUGAUUGUUGGUGUGCUGCCCUUUGGCGCCAUCUUCGUCGAGCUCUAUUUCAUCAUGAACAGUCUCUGGUUCAGCAAGGUCUACUACAUGUUUGGUUUCCUUUUCAUCUGCUACGGCCUGAUGAUCAUCACCUGCGCCGCCGUCACGGUCCUGAUGAUCUACUUCCUGCUCUGCGCGGAGAACUACCACUGGCAGUGGAGGGCCUUCUGCACGGCUGGCGCGAGCGCUGCAUACGUGUUUGCGUACGCCUUGAUCUACUGGGUCAAGGCACUCAGCUUUGGCAGCUGGACGAGCGGGGUGCUGUACCUGGGUUACAGCGCGCUGAUUAGCGUGCUGUUCUUCGUGCUUACCGGCACUAUCGGUUUCUUCGCAUCGUGGCUUUUCGUGCUCAAGAUCUACGGAUCCAUCAAGGUCGAUUAAUGAGGAAGUUAGAGCGAUUGGAGCGAUUUGCAUGAUGCGAAGAAUGAGUGCAUUUGCAUUGGGGUUGCCGUUGCGUCCUUAAGGCUUAGGUUCACACACGGCGAAAAGUUCAAGGGUCGGGGCACAGUAUGUAGUGUCGGAAGAAGAGAAGGAGCAUGAAUAUUCAGAUAAUGGGAUCCUCGAAUCCCUGGCACCACAAACAAGAACAAAUCCAUAAACCGUCG